AUGGAAGCCUCCGACACUACUGUCCCUAGCCCCUAUGAUACGCUAAAUUCCAUCUUUUCGAGUACGUUGCACGUCAUUUUGAGCAAAAUGUUUGGGUCUCAAUUUCCUGACUCCAUCGAAGUUUCAAGUUCCUCUGGUUCAAGUUCCGCCGUCUCACAUGAUACAUUCUUCUCGAUGCUUGACGCGAGCGAACACGAAAACACCCCCCAAGCGCUGAUAAAUGUGAUCAACGGUAUACUAGGUCCCAUUCAGGAAUCGCAAAGGACCAUGUCAGAUGAAAGUUGGACCAGUGGCGCUGAUGACAACGACCCGCAGCCAAGUCCCCCCCCGUCGCCUCCGAAAACGCCGCCUCCAUUUUGGCCACGACCUCGGCCACGUAAUAGGGCUGAACAAGACGGAAUUGAUGUCUGGGAUAUGAUAAGUGAUGAGGAAGAGGCUAGAGAGGCUGAAUGGGAAACUCUGUGA